GUUUGUGUUCGAUCAACCAUCAGCCACAAUCACGAGGAUGUACGAGGAUUGCGUGCUGCAGUCGAUGCGAUUCCCGCAGAAGCUCUGGCGGAUAGUGAACGAGUGCAAGACCGGAGCGAUUCGUUGGGGUACGAACGGCGACACCAUACUGCUCAAUUAUAAGAGGUUCCAGACGGAGUACCUGGAUACGCACCGGCCCAUCUUUAAGACGAGCAAUAUCACUAGCUUCAUCAGGCAACUGAAUCUCUAUGGUUUUCGCAAGGUCACUUGCCACGGCCGCGACUCAGCCUGCAACUCUUGCAACCCGCACGUGCACGAGUUCCUGCACGACAGUUUCCGCGCCGACCGUAUCGACCUGUUGUCCAAGGUAUGCCGGAAAGCCGGUGGGAAAAGCCGGUGUUCGCAACAUGAAGCCGCGAAAGAUGAGAAAGAGAGCUCGCGAUCGGAGACAAAUCGCGUGUCCCGCUUAAAACUGUGUCAGUUGGCUCUAACUGAAACUUUGGAUCAAAUUAUCCAAGAAUAUCGACGGGAACACGAUCAGGGAAAAGAAUCGAUUAUAACAAAGGAUAAUACUCCAAAACAAAUAAGAAACUCUCAAGAUAACACAGUUCCUGUUCUAUAUGAGAUUGAAUUCAACAAUAUUUCAAAUCGAAAACCUAUCAUAGAACGGAAUAUAAAAUAUUCUGCAUAUAAGUUUCUUCCUAUAAAAACCAAUACAUCAUCUGAACGUAAAAUAAUCUCGUCACCUCGACAUAUUGCUUUAAUAGAUAAUAGCGGUCUGUAUUUUAAUAUACAGAAUAUUCAUUGA